AUGCUCGCCCUUCGCACCGCACUCCUGCCGCCGCUGCGCCUUUCUUGCGCCUCGGCGCGCACACUGCGCACCUCCGCCUGCGCCUUGCAGCAGGGCGAGGGCAGCAGCAGCAGCAGCGGCGGCGGCGGCGGCAACGGCAAGCUCUUCAGCCGGCCAGGCCCGCCUUCCUUGCCGCCGCGCGAACAGAGGGAGUUCGAGAAGCUCGUCAAGGAGAAGAGCAACGCACUGCAAUUCACCUCGGCCCAAGUGCCCUCCGACGGCGAUCCCGUGCAUCCCGAUGCGCGGCGCAAGCCUUCGCCCGACUUUGAGGGCGAGACGAACCCCGAGACGGGCGAGGUGGGCGGCCCAAAGCAGGACCCCCUCACCUGGGCGCGCGAGUGGAGCUACGGUGGCCGCGCCACGGACUUCUGAUGUGCCGAGGGAUCGGUCAUCCACAUCGAGAGUGGCGACCUGACGUCGCGUGCGCGCACCUCUGCCGGCGCACUACCCUUUCGCCUUGCGUCGAUCCCGCUCCGAAUGCAUCACGCCUCUUCUGCG